AUGGAAACUUUUGCUCCGUCUUCAGCAUCUAGCUCGAGUUGUGCGUCCAAACUGGAAGAUCUUAGGAAUUGGCAAGAUGCUUGGUCUAAAUUUAACCUUGAGUCUCCUAUCAAAGAGGUAUAUGAUGUCCGUGAUGCAGCCUUUUUGGAUGUACGCGAUGGAGUGUUUAUCAAAGGGUUCACCUCGAAUCCUGAGUUUCAAUUAAACUCGUUGCUGGUCGUGCCUUCGGAAUCGGAUAGCCACCCUAGUACUCUUCACUUCGACUUCAAUUUCCGCACUGCAGUGGUAGAUCCGAGCCAAGAGCUAGUUGUGCUGGUUGAGUUUGAUUCCGGGAGCCCAACACGGUUAGAAUCUCUUACUUAUAUGAGUGCAAUUCGGUUGACCAAACGGGGUUGA